CAGACCUUUAUGAGACCAAACAAACUAACAAAUCUUGCGAGUGCAUUUUGCAAUGCCGAAAUGAAAAGUCAAAACGGAGAGGCCAGUCUUACGCUGUGUUACUCUGACCUGCCUUUUAUGUCGCAGGAGUAGUAAAAUGUCUGCACCCCCAUUCAAGAAACUGAGACAGACUAGUAUUACAGAUAGUUUCAAGGUUACUGAAGUAGGUAUGGGAAGUCAGCAACAGGACGGUGAUAGAAAAGUUUGGAAAGAUUUCAACUUCACAAAACCAGACAAAGAAGAUCUUCAAACCAUUCCAAACCAAGACCACACAGCUGAGAGUAGUUCUGGUGAUAUUAGUUCUGAUGCCAUGGGAACUGCUUGUGAGAAAACCGCAUCUGUGGCAUCAGUGAGUCCAGCACAUGAUGCAGGGAAAUUAGAAGAGGCAGCUUUCAAUUCACUUGGCACAGAUUCCACCCUGGAAAAUUCACAGCCCAUGAGUCCAUCCACAUCUAAGAGUUCCCCAGGAUGGACCUCUGAGGAUAAAAAGUCAUUUGGUACAGAUCUGCGCCAUUUCCAUCGCAUGCCAGAGUGCUUCAACAAAGAGUUUCCAAAACUCAAGCAUGAUGAUAGGCACCAUGUUCUCAUCAAUCCUGACAGUAUUCUGGGAGGAGCAAACAGAGUUCCUACAGUGCUGGGCAAGAAAAAGGAUAUGUGGGAUCCAAAUCAUGUCCAUAUGCCUUGUUCUGGGGAAAACUUGUACCCUGUUGAUGGAGAAAAUGGGAGGAAGGAAAUCAGGAAUAGGUGGGAUAUGAUUGAGAUGGCUUUAGAAUGUUUGACUACCAAGUCCGAAUUAACUGUAUUUGAUAUAGAGGACACUAUCUUGCGCUACAACAAGAGAUAUGAAAAGAAGUGGGAUUUCGCGAUGCUCAAAGAAUAUGAAGAAAUGUUAUUGGAUGAACAGAAGAAAGACUUUGUCAAUACCAUAAAACAAAUAGCCCUCCUGGCAAUCAAAUUACCAGAUGUUUGUACUCAGCCUAUUCCCUUACUGAAGAAACACCAAGAUAAAGCCAUUACCAUCAGCCAGUACCAGGCUGCUUGUUUGUUGGCCAAUGCAUUCUUCUGCACAUUUCCAAAGAGAAAUGGAAAGAAAAAGGGUUCAGAAUAUGCCAGCUAUCCUGAUAUUAAUUUUAAUAGGCUAUAUGAAAUGCCUCACUCAGAUGCAGAUGGCCACAUCAGAAUGGAGAAGUUAAAGUGCUUACUGAAUUACUUCAGAAGAGUCACUGAUAAAGGUAGUUUUGGUGUCCAUUUUGCAUUUUACAUAAAGGUUGAUUUUGCCAACAAGUUCCUGGGGGGUGGAGUCCUGGGGCGAGGCUGUGUUCAGGAAGAGAUCAGAUUUUUGAUAUGUCCAGAGCUCAUUGUGUCCAGGCUUUUUACUGAGGAACUGGCUGAUGAUGAAUGUCUGCUUAUGACUGGGUGUGAGCAGUAUUGCAGAUACAUGGGAUAUGCAGAAACAUUUGAAUUUGUAGAAGAUUUCCAUGAUGUGACGCCAAGAGAUGCCUGGGGCAGAAGGUGUACAUCUGUGGUGGCGAUUGAUGCAUUGCACUUUAAGGGGCGGCAGGUUAACAGUCAGUACAGACAUCAAUUUGUGAAAAGAGAAUUAGACAAGGCACUGUGUGGGUUCACAUCAGUCCAUAAGUCCCAAAAGCUGCCUGCUGUAGCCACAGGAAACUGGGGAUGUGGAGCUUUUGGUGGAGAUCCCAGACUAAAAGCUAUAAUACAGUUGAUGGCUGCAGCAGAAGCUGGAAGGGAUGUUUGCUACUUCACAUUUGGAGACACAGAUUUGGCGCAAGAUAUACAUAAGCUUCAUAAAUAUAUAUUGGAUCGUCACCUCACUGUUGGCGAUGUUUCCAAGCAAAUUCAGGACUACAACAAGAAACGUUGCCACCUGUAUGGACAGCAUAUUAUAAGCUUUAUCCUGGGUGAGGACGUGAUAGUCCCUAAUGACUGGGAGAUAAGGCCAGAUGACGGUGACGGUGACGGUGGCGGUGACAGUGAUGUUAACAUGGAGGAUGACAACAGAGACUCUGCAAAUGGUGAUGACGACUCUGCUGGUUGUUUCAAAGAGACGGCAUUCUAGUUGUGAAUGCAGACUUCAGUUGUAUUGAUAUUGAAAUGUCAGAAACAGAUACAGAUUAUGCCAUGAAUGUGAGAGGUGCACAAUUUCUUGUGUACCCCCUUAAUUUCCCAUUCAGGAAAAGGAUUAUUUGUACAUUGAAGCAUUCAACACAGUCGGUGACAGUGAGAUUGAGGAAUACACAAUGGAGCAGAGUUUUGAUGGGAAAAUAUUUAGAAUUUUUUAAUGAGUUAUGAGACUUGUCAGAAUCGUGUGCAAAUUUUUUUUUUUUUUUGUAUUUUUAGAGAGUGUCACUGAUUAAUUGUCCUGCCCCCAAAAAUGUGGAUCUCAAUUUAGAUUAUGAUUUUUAUUAGUAUAAAUGGACCAUACAAUUUGAGUUGUAUAUUAUUAUUAUUAUUAUUAUUAUUAUUAUUCAAAAUUCACGUGGAUAGUCUGAACAACUUGAAAAUUUAAAUUUUUCCCCAGGCAACAUUUAGCUCAAAUUAUGCGAGUCCAAAAUAAUUGUAGAAACUUCAUGUAAUUUAUUCUUUUUCAUAGGCAUGUGUUUAAUGGCAGCUUCAGUGUUACUUACCCUAGAAGAAAUGUAAUGGGGGCAGACCAUGAAAAAUUUUUUGGUGUUUUGGAGGGCAAAUGGUACAUUUUGGUAUGGUUUAGAACUAUGCUUCAGCUAGUCAAAAUUCAAAUUCCCAGAAGAGAAUAUUGGUGUGAUAUAUAUUUUUCAGUAACCGAAGGAGGAGGGUGGGGGUUGUCAGGACCAACCUGACCCCCCCCCCCUCCUCUCUAAAUCCAACACUGUAUAAGUUUAUAACAUGUUGUAGCUAGUAUAUUUUAUGCAGGGUCAGGCAUUCCUUGCUUAUAUAUAGAAGGUAAACUCACAGACUACCCUGCUAAUAGCAGGACAAAGAGCUUGGCUGCUCACUGGUUGCUUUUCUUUGAAUUAAUUAAUUUUAUUUGAAUUACAGAUAUGACAGUUAAGUCACCAGCAUUCUAUAAUUUCUGGGCCAUGAGCUUUAACUGUAAAAUUUGGCUGUAUGUGAAAUAAAAUUGUUUGUUAAUUCUGUCUGUAGGAUGAAAACAAUUACGGAAUUGGGAUAUUGCAUAUCCAGCUCUUUUUUUAUAUCAUAAAAAUUUGAAUUUUCGUGAAUGCCUUUGUAAACAAAUUUGAAUAAAUGAUACACAUAUUACAGAAAUGUUUAAUAACAAAAGGAUUGUUUGUAAAUAUAUGAUAUCGCAUUUGAUGUAUUAUAUAUAGUAGGUCUAUUUUAUUGAUUUUGCAAAAUCAUAAAU